GCUAUGCAGAAAAAGCUAAACAAAAUGAGACAUCUGAUGAAAAUCCAUCGCAAGUGCCUUAUUCUAAUCAAGAUCCCAUAUCUGGAAAGAAGACUACACCAGAUCUACCAAAAACACCCCCCAACCAAAAGCCUAAAAUCACCCAGAUCAUCCCUACAAAACCCAAACAUGUCCAAGAGCCUGAAUCAAAAGAAAGUCCAACAGCUAGCUACACAGAAAAACCUAAACAAAAGCAGACAUCUGAUGAAAAUCCCUCACAAGUGUCUAAUUCUAAUCAGGAUUCAACACCGCGAAAGAAGACCACAACUGAUCUACUGAAAACACCCCCUAAGGAAAAGCCUAAAACCAGACAGAACAUCCCUACAAAACCAAAACCUGUCCAAGAGCCUAAAUCAAAAGUAAGUCCAACAGCUAGCUAUGCAGAAAAAGCUAAACAAAAUGAGACAUCUGAUGAAAAUCCAAUGCAAGUGUCCUAUUCUAAUCAAGAUCCCAUAUCUGGAAGGAAGACUAUACCAGAUCUACCAAAAACACCCCCCAACCAAAAGCCUAAAACCAGACAGAACAUCCCUACAAAACCAAAACCUGUCCAAGAGCCUAAAUCAAAAGAAAGUCUAACAGCUAGCUAUGCAGAAAAAGCUAAACAAAAUGAGACAUCUGAUGAAAAUCCAUCGCAAGUGCCUUAUUCUAAUCAAGAUCCCAUAUCUGGAAAGAAGACUACACCAGAUCUACCAAAAACACCCCCCAACCAAAAGCCUAAAAUCACCCAGAUCAUCCCUACAAAACCCAAACAUGUCCAAGAGCCUGAAUCAAAAGAAAGUCCAACAGCUAGCUACACAGAAAAACCUAAACAAAAGCAGACAUCUGAUGAAAAUCCCUCACAAGUGUCUAAUUCUAAUCAAGAUUCAACACCGCGAAAGAAGACCACACCUGAUCUACUGAAAACACCCCCUAAGGAAAAGCCUAAAACCAGACAGAACAUCCCUACAAAACCCAAACCUGUCCAAGAACCUGAAUCAAAAGUAAGUCCAACAGCUAGCUAUGCAGAAAAAGCUAAACAAAAUGAGACAUCUGAUGAAAAUCCAUCGCAAGUGUCCUAUUCUAAUCAAGAUCCAACAUCUGGAAAGAAGACCACACCUGAUCUACUGAAAACACCCCCUGAGGAAAAGCCUAAAACCAGACAGAAUGUCCCUACAAAACCCAAACUUGUCCAAGAGCCUGAAUCAAAAGAAAGUCCAACAGCAAGAUACACAGAAAAACCUAAACAAAAUGAGACAUCUGAUGAAAAUCCCUCACAUGUGUCUAAUUCUAAUCAAGAUUUAAUAACUGGAAAGAAGACCAUGCCUGAUUUACUGAAAACACCCCCCAACCAAAAGCCUAAAACCAGCCAGAACAUUCCCGUGAAACCUAAACCCACCCAAACGUCUGAAUCAAAAGACAGUCCAACAGCUAGCUACACAGAAAUACCUAACCAAAGGGAGACAUUUGAUGAAAAUCUCUCAUACAUCUCCAAUUCUACUCAAGAUUCAACAUCUGGAAAAAAGACCAUGCCUGAUCUACCAAAAACACCUGGCAACCAAAAGCCUAAAAUCACCCAGAUCAUCCCUACAAAACCCAAACCUGUCCAAGAGCCUAAAUCAAAAGAAAGUCCGACAGCUAGUUAUGCAGAAAAAGCUAAACAAAAUGAGACAUCUGAUGAAUAUCCCUCACACGUCUCUAAUUCUAAUCAAGAUCCAACAUUUGGAAAGAAGACCAUAUCGGAUCUAAUGAAAACACCCCCCAACCAAAAGCCUAAAGCCAGACAGAAGAUCUCCACAAAACCCAAACCUGUCCAAGAGCCUGAAUCAAAAGAAAGUCCAACAGCUAGCUACACAGAAAAACCUAAACAAAAGCAGACAUCUGAUGAAAAUCCAUCACACAUGUCUAAUUCUAAUCAAGAUCCAACACCAGGAAAGAAAACCAUGCCUGAGAUCAUGAAAACACCCCCCAACCAAAAGCCUAAAGCCAGACAGAACAUCCCUACAAAACCCAAACCUGAUCAAGUGCCCAACCAACCAAGCCAUACAAAACCUGGGACAAGCUUCAAGCCAAAACCGAAUGUAAGGCCCAAAACUGGCCCCAAACCACCAGAAACCAGUCACAACUUUAAAACACCUAAGCUUGGAGAAACGCCUAAUCUGAAUGCCAAGCCUGCACCUCGGGCAGAGUCCAAUAGAACGUCAAAACCAAGGCUUCCCUUCAUUUACCGACCACGAAGCAUGCCUACAGUUAGGCCAGGAGCACCACCAGUUCAAAGGCCAAAACCAGCAGUGCAACCAAAGCUAAGUCCAAAGACCAAAACAGAUCCACCUAACAUCAGCUGGACUACUUCAGAUCACACCCAAACCUCUCAAAUCAACACGCCUUCUACAUCUGGCCCCAUAAAGCAUACUGCUGAAGUGACUCAUUCCCCAGGGGACAGAGAGUUCAAUCCCAGUCUAAGUAAAACUGUCACUCCAGGUCCAAAGACCUCCAACAGUCUGGAAAAUGGAGCCUUCCCUCACCUUCAAAGUCAGCCUAAAGAUUCCACUAUGAGCCCAAACAACAGGAUUGUGUCUGAUCUGAGGCCACAAACAGCCAGUCAACCAGCAUCAAUCCCAAUGACAACAAAACCAAACAAAAUCAUCAGUGGGAUCCUCACAAGUGUUAUCCCUAGCACCACUCCAGGAUCCUCAAAGUCAAAGACAAAUUCUGGCUCAGACACACAAACUGAGAAACAUCACAAGAUGGAAGAAAUAGCUCCUGCAUUCUCUACAUCUCCUUCUCCCAUAUCUCACACCAUCUCUCCACCCAGCCCUGACUUCAGGUCAACAACUGCGACCACCCCUGGCCCCAAGCACCCCGAGCUCGCUGCCGAGGCUUCCACUCCCAGUGCACGUGAGUUACGAGUGAAAAUCAACCAGGUGGCUGCUUUCUUCAAUAACAGCCUGAGUCCUAAUGGCAGACCACCAAACAUACACCACAAAGACCACUCAGAAGAGAACCAGGGAGGCAUCAGGCCUGACAACACGGACGGCAAACUGCCAACAGACAAACCACCUAAAGUUACCAUGCUACCGAGAGACUGCUCAGAUCACCUGCUCAGGGGAAAAACAAAAAGCGGGCUUUACCUGGUGACCCCUGACCUCCGCACUAGUAGCUUCUCGGUGUACUGCGAGAUGGAGCAGGAGGGUGGAGGGUGGACAGUCCUGCAGCGCCGCCAGGACGGCAGCGUGAACUUCAACCGCACCUGGGCAGAAUACCAAUCCGGCUUCGGGGAGCUUGACAGAGGGGAGUUUUGGCUGGGCAACAACAUCAUCCACCUGCUGACCCGCGAUAGGGAGAUGGUGCUGCGGGUGGAGCUGGAGGAUUUUGACGGGUUGACGGGGUAUGCGCAGUACGAGCAGUUCAAGGUGGCCAGUGAACGCCUGCGCUAUAGACUGACAGUAGGCAGUUACUCGGGCACCGCAGGUAAUGCUCUCCGCUUCAGCAAAAAGUACGAUCACAGCAACAGGGCGUUCACCACGCCGGACAGGGACCACGACCGCUACCCCUCCGGGAACUGCGGGGCCUACUACAGCUCCGGCUGGUGGUUUGACGCCUGCAUGAGCGCAAACCUUAACGGGAGAUAUUACGACGGGAGGUACAAAGGUGUGCGGAAUGGGAUUUUCUGGGGGACAUGGCACAACAUAUUAUCAGAGUACUACCCCACCAAUGAGAGACAGUCUUUUAAGAGAGUGAGGAUGAUGAUCAGACCUAAAGACUUUGUGCCAUAAGAUGUGCUGGGGAAAGAAAACAAGGGUUUAAAUACCAUCGUCAACGAUAAGCCCGCAGGAUACUCCAUAAAAGUUUAAUGAAAUCUAGUGUACGCUCCACACUAUUUAACCAGUAAGGCAACACUGCCGCCCUGUGGUGUUUUCUAUAAUGUGUUGUUUACAAUAACAGGAUGUAUAUACUAGUGACAAAAGCAGGGUUGCCUAGUUUCUUUUAUAACCUUUCCAUAAUAAAGUGAUAACAUUGCUUUUGUCGAGAGGGGAAUUUGAAAAUGAAGGAAAUCUUCAUGUGAAGAGUUAUUUUUCUACCAGUGAUAUGAAUCCAAGGUGACCAGGUGCCCCACUUCACGGCAUGUUUAUCCUUUUGCCCCUCUCCACUCCAACCAAGGCCCCGCAUUUUAAGAAACAUGUGGCGAUCCGUGGAUGCGUCCUUAUCAAACAGAAAUGACAAGUAGGAGUAUUAGGACUGUAGAAUAAGGAAAUAUAGGAGUGCACAAAGACUAGAAAGCUCGUUACAUACGCAUCGGUUUCAAAUAAAUCGUCAUUCCUAUCACACCGAUGCCAACCCUGACACCAGCAUAGUUUUGUGUAAUUAUUUGUAUUUAUUUCGUCAGUAACAAAACAAAUGGUUUGCCCCACAUGUAGUAUGUUGGGAUCUGGUCACCGUGACGGGUAUGUAGCAUAAGAGACUUUUAUUACAUGUACUGGAAGGGCAGUUCAUAGAUUGAAGCUGUCUGUGGUGUGUUGAAUGCUUUUGUUUUGUUAAAAUGAAUAAAAUGAGUUUACAGAA